AUAAGAAUAACUUACGCUCAACAAAUUAAGAACAGCUGUAAAUGUUCUUUACAUCUUUUCCUGGACUGAAAUCAUUGCAUUAAGCUAACUUGUUUUGUUUUUUACAUUUAAUUUAUAGAAAACAUAUGAUUUAGUUCACAAUUAAAUGCAAGAUAUGUUUGUUAGAUUACUUAUUUAGAAUCAUGUGUUUUUUUCUGUUUUAUUUUUAUUUUUCUAUGAUUCACAAGUUCAAUAAAUAUUUAUUUAUCUAUGGGAACACUUGGAUUUAUAAUUGUUUAAAAAAUGGUAGUUCUUAUUUAAUGGUCAUACUAAUAGAAAAUAUUCUCUCUUGUAUUAUCAAUAAAAUAAUUAUCCUGAUUUCGAUAACUUUUUCUCCCUUCUUUUUGGUGUAUGCAAGUUAUUAGUAUUGGAAAAUAACUCCUUGUUAAAAAUACCUCAUUGUUUUAAAAAUCAUAUGAUUUGUUCAGAAUUUGACUUUCUCACAGUAUAUAAUGUUUAAAGAUACCUUAAAACUAUGGAUCUGGAAUUCCCAAAUUUUUUUUGGGUGAAACAGUGUUUUUAUGGUCCAGAGUCAGAUAUUUUCUACAAGAAUCGUUUUGAAAAAUGGUUAUUAGCCCCUGAGCAUAGCUUAGAAUAUAAUUCUGGAGCUAGAGUGUGGAUCCCUCAUUCCCAGAAGGUGUGGAAUGGUGCAAGAGUUACUGAGAAUUAUGUAAAAGAUAUAAUCAGAUUGAUAACUGAAGAUGGGGAGGUAAAAGAAUUAACAAUCCGCAAUGAUGACGAGCUUCCUCCACUUAGGAAUCCUGAUAUUCUGAUCGGUGAAAAUGAUCUCACAUCCUUAUCUUACCUUCACGAACCCGCCGUUCUUCAUAACCUGGAAAUCAGGUUUUGUCGUCAUAAUGCUUUUUACACAUAUUGUGGUAUUGUGCUCGUUGCCAUUAAUCCUUUUAAAGAAAUGUCUAUAUAUGGACCAGAUACAAUUUGGGCGUAUAGAGGGCAAGCAAUGGGUGAUCUGGAUCCUCAUAUUUUUGCAGUUGCAGAGGAAGCAUACACCAAAAUGGAAAGAGAACAGACUGAUCAAAGUAUUAUUAUAUCUGGAGAAUCUGGUGCAGGAAAGACCGUUACAGCCAAAUAUGCUAUGAGAUAUUUUGCAACAGUGGGAGGUUCGGCUACAGAAACACAAGUUGAACGAAAGGUCCUUGCUUCUAGUCCUAUAAUGGAGGCUAUUGGUAAUGCUAAGACAAUACGAAAUGACAAUAGUUCUAGAUUUGGUAAAUUUAUAGAAUUACAAUUCUCCAGUAAAUACAGGAUUGUUGGAGCAAGUAUGAGAACUUACCUCCUAGAAAAAUCUCGAGUAGUUUUCCAGUCAUCUGGAGAAAGAAAUUAUCAUAUAUUUUAUCAAAUGUGUGCUACUCGAAAAAAAUUACCUCAGCUUUCUUUAGGGGAAGCUGCAGAAUAUAAUUAUUUAUGUGAUCCAGACUGUAUAAUACCUUCUGUAGAUGAUGGAAAAGCGUACGAAGAAACAAUAUCUGCUUUUUCUACUCUGGGUUUUUCUAGUUCUGAAAUAUCAGACAUAUUUGCUGUUUUGGCUGCUGUUCUUCAUCUUGGGAAUAUUGUUUUUCAGCCUAACUCAAAUGAAGAUGCUUCUUGCAUUCAGGAAAAUAAUCCGAAUCUGAUGAUUUUCUGCGAUUUAUUAGGUGUUGAUGUUUCUGAAUUAAAGCAUUGCCUGUGUCAUAGGAAAAUUGUAAGCACAAGAGAAACAUUCAAUAAACCCAUGUCUGUUCCCGAGGCCAGUGGAGCUCGCGAUGCAUUGGCUAAGCAUAUCUAUGCUCAACUUUUCACGUGGAUUGUUUUUUUGAUUAACAAAGCCCUAAAUAUUUCAACUGAAUCUAAGUCUAAAUUCAUUGGGGUUCUAGACAUAUAUGGUUUCGAAACAUUUGAUGUAAACUCAUUUGAACAGUUUUGCAUUAAUUAUGCUAAUGAAAAACUUCAACAGCAAUUCAAUAUGCAUGUCUUUAAAUUGGAACAAGAAGAUUAUUUAAAGGAAAACAUAGAAUGGAAAUUUAUAGAUUUCUAUGAUAAUCAACCAUGUAUCGACCUAAUCGAAUCAAAACUUGGUGUCCUAGAUCUUCUAGAUGAGGAGUGUCGUAUGCCUAAAGGUUCUGAUGAUUCAUGGGCUGAAAAAUUAUAUGCAAAAUGCAGUAAAUCGACUCAUUUUGUUAAACCGAGAUUUGGAAAGAGUUCUUUUAUUGUCAAACAUUUUGCUGAUAAAGUUGAGUAUGAAGUAACUGGUUUUCUUGAAAAAAAUAGAGACACGGUUAUUGAAGAACAGGUUACGAUAUUUAAAAGUAGCUCCAACAGACUUGUAUCCCGAUUAUUUAGUGAUCCAGGUGAAAAAGAAAAUAAAUUGGCUGUACCGAAACCUCGUGUUAGAGUUAGUGUUCAAUCAAAGAUGCCUCCACCUCAAGUUUCUAAAAACAAGAAAACAGUUGGUUCUCAAUUUCGUGACUCUUUGAAUGCUCUUAUGGGAACACUUAAUGCAACAACGCCACAUUAUAUUCGAUGUAUUAAACCAAAUGAUGAAAAAGCUGCUUUUAAAUAUAAUCCUGGGAGAGUCGUUCAACAGCUGAGGGCAUGUGGUGUUUUAGAAACAAUUAGGAUUUCAGCUGCUGGUUUUCCCUCUCGGUGGUUGUAUAGUGACUUUUUUAAAAGAUAUAGAGUGUUAUGUAGAUCUGGAGACAUCAAUUGGAAUGACAUGCGAAGUACAUGUCAUAUAAUUUUAAACAAAAUCAUCAAGGACAAUGACAAGUUCAAGUUCGGAACAACAAAGAUAUUCUUCCGUGCGGGUCAAGUUGCAUACCUAGAACGCCUCAGGUCUGACAGACUUUUGGAAGUGGUUAUCAUUAUUCAGAAGACAGUGAGAGGGUAUCUUGUCAGAAGGCGUUAUACCCGCACUUUAGUAGCUACUAAUACUUUGCAGCGUUAUGUGCGAGGCUUCUUAGCUAGAAGGAAAGCUGAACAGAUGAGACGAAAUAAAGCAGCAACUAAAAUACAGGCUGCUGUGCGUCGCUAUCUGGCUUAUAUUAAAUAUAAGAAGAUUAGGACAGCUGUACUUGGACUUCAGAAAUUAGGCAGAGGUUAUCUAGCCAGACAGAAAUUUUUAGUUAUGAAGAGAAACAAUUCGGCGGUAUUAAUUCAGAAAUACGUCAGAGGAUGGUUACAGAGAAAGAAGACCACAACUUUAAGAAGAAACAUAAUCAUUGUACAGGCUUCUAUUAGAGGAUUUAUAGCUCGUCGAAGAUUUAAAAAAAUGAAGCGAGAAGCACGCUCAGCAGAACAUUUGAAGAAACUGAAUAUCGGGUUGGAGAAUAAAAUUAUUUCACUCCAACAAAGGAUUCAAGAAAUGAAUAAAGAACUUAAGUCAUCUAUCAUAGAGAAUGAUGAUUUAAAAUUAAAAAUAGAAGGGACAAAGACUUUAGAAGCAGAUUUGAAGAAAAUUACCAAAACAUUAAAGGAGAAGGCUAUAGAAUAUGAACAACUCCGAAAGCUGUGGGAGGAAUCUUCAAAUUCUCUUCAAGAAAAGGUAAAAGAGAAUGAAGCUCUGAAAAUUAAGGAAAAAUCUUUCGAAUCAAUUAAUACCCAGCUGCAAGCUGAAGUCAACAAUUUGAGGGAGAACAUAGAACAGCUGAAGCGAGAUAAACAAGAUGACAUUGUGGCUCAAUUAAAAGAAGAAAUUAGGAUUGUUGGAGAAGAGCGAGAUGAAGAGAGAUCUCGAUACCAGAAACUUUUGGCUGAAAGGGACCUAUUGGAGAAUAAAUUGGAGGCCAUUGAAGCCAAGCAUCACAAAAGGUCACCUUCUGAUGCCAGUACUAUAUCUAUGCAAGAUGAGGAUGUUGGUUAUGGUUCUGUGAGAUCAGGUUCUGGAAGGGAUGAUACACCAACCCCUGAACAACAGUUGGACGUCAAUUUAAUAUUGAAAUUACAGCAUAGAUUAAAAUAUUUGGACUCUGAGAAUCAAAGGCUACAUGUGGAAUUAGAUUCAAUGAAAAAUGUAUCUCAACCUCAGAUAAAAUCUGUUGAUCCCCUGAUGCUCCAAGAACUUGAAAUGGAAAAUGCCAAAUUACGUAGUGAUUUGACUGUUUUGAAAGAAUGUAUUGCUUCGGACGCCAUUAAUGGAGGGACCAAAAAGGCCAUUGAACAAAUGACACGUGAAUGGAAAGAAAGUGAAAAAGAAGUUCAUCGGCUUAGGGCAGAAAAUGUCGAACUUCGACGAAUGUUUAGUGAAGCAACCAUGUCGGCUAAAUCACUUGCCGAAUCGUCAUAUUCUUCAAUGAAAGAUCUUGACAUAUCAACUUUCAAUGAAGAUGGAGAACUUCUAUUAGCUUUUGAGGCUCAAAAACGUACAUUAAGACAAUUGGAAGAUGAACUUCAGUCGAAAUCGUCAAUGUGGGAGGAAGAGAGAAAUAUACUGACGACCGAACUAGAGCGACUGAGGGGAGAACUAGAGAAGGAAAGGAUGUCAGUUGCGACUGGUACGGCGCCUGUAUUUUUACAAGAGCAGGUUACACGUCUUUGCUCCGAAAACUUGGAAUUGCAAGAAAAACUUGAUCAACAGCAUACAAAGGCUAGGAGGUUAACCAUGCAGGUAGCAGAGCUCAAGAAAAAACUUCAAGAGGCUGGUGUGAGUGAUGGUGAAACGAAUGUAUUCAUCAAAUCAGAAAAAUUGGCACUACAAGAAAGCUUACCUAUGGUUAGGAAAAUAGAAAGAGAAUAUAUGGGAAUGUUUGAAAUAAAAUCAGGAGAUGUUGAUGUAAUGUUGAAACACCUCUUGGAACUGAAACCCAAAAUUGCUAUCACUCUCCUACCUGGUCUUCCAGCUUAUAUUCUUUUCAUGUGUGUCAGGUACACUGAUUACAUUAAUGAUGAACAUAUGGUCCAAAGUAUUUUAAUUGGUUAUUAUAAAUCACUGAAGAAGUUAAUGAAGAGAAAGUUUAAUGAUGUAGAUUUUGGUGUUUUGUGGUUAUCUAAUACACUGAAGCUUAUUCACAAUUUGAAGCAGUACAGUGGCGAGAAACACUUUGCUAAAGAGAACACUCAGACACAGAACGAACAAUGUUUGAAAAAUUUUGACUUGAGUGAAAUCAGGCAGGUGCUGUCUGAUAUUGCAGUUUCUAUCUGUCAGGCUGUAAUGCGUAAAAUGGAAAAGACGAUUCAGCCGAUUGCUGUCGCUGCUAUAUUGGAACACGAAGCUAUUCCAGGGUUGACGAGCAGCGGAACACGUGCAAGGUCGGGUUCUACUGCCUCUUCCCAGCCAACGGUUAAGAAGGCUAUGGAUGAUUUGCUAUCCAUCCUCACCAUGUUCCACAGGACCCUUACUGUCCAUGGUGUUGAUCCUGAACUCUUUUCUCAGUUCUUUAGACAGCUGUUUUAUUGUCUAUGUGCCAACUCCCUCAAUAACCUACUCUUGAGAAGAGAAUAUUGCCAUUGGAGUAAGGGAAUGCAUAUAAGAUUCAAUCUUUCUCAUCUUGAGCAAUGGGCUAGGGAAAACAAACUGCAGGACCCCAAAGUGUUGGAUGUCCUUGCUCCUAUCAUACAGGCCUCACAGUUAUUACAAGCUCGAAAAUCUGAUGAUGAUGCUGGACCAGUAGCAGAUAUGUGCAGUGCAUUGUCUAUCAAUCAGAUAAUUAAAUUUCUCAACUUGUACACUGGAGAUGGAAUGGAAGAAAGGGUUUCAGAAUCAUUUAUUAAAAAAAUGGAAGAAUAUCUGUUGGCAAACAGACCAUCAAACGACAAUCCUUUGAUGAUGGACGUAAACUACACAUUCCCUCUUGAAUUUCCAUUCAACCCUUCUAGUAUUCGACUCGAGGAUAUAGAGAUUCCAGAAAUCCUCAAUCUUCCUAUGCUAAGGAAGCUAUAAAUGUACAGGCAGUUAUUAUGUCGCUUAGCAACGAAUAGCAUUUUUUGUUUAUAUUUAAUAGGAUUAAAAAUUAAAUUUAUAGUCCUAUAAAAUAACAGAAAAUCUUAAGAUGUUUAGAUGUGCCUUAACUAGGCUUGUUGCUAGCUUACAAUAAUUUAGAUUGUAUAUAAGUGAUAGCCUAUGUUUGGAAAAAAAACUAAACAGUACUUAUUCUUUGUAAAUUGGUAUAUUUUUGUUAUAUUUAUUUGUUCUUUUUUAUUUAAUAUAUAGACACCUGUUAUAAUUAUUGUUUAUCUUAAGUGUAUAUAUUUUUAUUAGAUGGUCGAUUAACCCUCAUUUUAUGUUAUGAGAAUAAUUUUAAUCGAAUAUUGUGGACUAGUCAUCGAUUUGCACAUUUUAAAAAUGUGCCAGUUUUACACUAUUUUACAUUAGGCAAAAAAAAAAAAAAAUCAUGCGAAAACCAAACCAAGAUUCAGGCCAUUCUUUUUUUAGAUUACAAAAAACAUUUUUUGUUCUAAAAUCAUGAGUUGCUUUGUUCUGUUCCGUGACUCAAACAAAAAUAAAUAUUAUUAUAGUACAACUUCAGCAAUGCCUAUGGUACUUGUUAGACUCUCUAUUUUUGUGAUUUUCUAAGUAUUUUAUUUAAUUAUAAUCUAUUAUUGAGGUUAUUUUAUGUAAAUAAAGAUCCUCAAUGACCUUAAUUUUUUUUUUUUUAACUAUUGUUUUUCCUCAGCCUUUACAAGUUAUUCCAAACAGAUAAUAGUUUCUCUUGAUCCUUGUUAAAAAAUCUUAACUUCUUUCCUGUGUCUUGUUUUAAAUACAAAUCUGUAAUAUAUUAUCUGUUAUUUAGGUGUACUAAAAUGAGAAUAUAUUAAAGAAAAAUAUAUUGAAUGUUAUCACAAUUAAAAUAAAAAAAAAUAAAAAAUACUUUGUUUAAAUUCUUGAAUCCCUCCUGAAUUAUAAUUCUUUUCAUACAGUGGUUUUCUCUUCGUUUGGGUGCUGAGGUAUUUUCACCAAAUCAAUUUCUAAACCGUAUAAGGUAAGUAUUUCAAUAGAUUAAAUACAUAUAUUGAGAUCUUGACUUAAUUUACACGCAUCUGUCAAAACAAAACUUGAUUCAAUUUUCUCCUUAUCCAUAUUUCAAAGGACAAGUUUAGGAUUAUGAUGAAUUAAAAAACUUACAGUAAAAUGAUCAGGGAAUAUUCAAGAAGUAGGUCAUCAAGAACCAAUCAAUGGCUAACAACUUGAAUUUAUAGUUCUGUUUCCUUUGGCAUGUUGAUAAAUUGCAUCACUAUUAUUAGUUUUCAAUUGCCACUUGGGCAAGUAGUAUUAUGACAUCAAGUAAUGUUACCAGUAAAACUUGUUUUCAUUAGGCAAGGUGCACAUUAAGAUACUGUUAAAUGCAGAGCAGCACAGUUUCUGACACUCAUCAAUUCGGAAUAGCACAAAUUAUAUAGGAUCAGUUACACAAACUGUGCUGUCCUGUUCAAUAUUGUUCAGGUAGCUUGAUUUUUCCAUCUUUACUUUCUUUAUUUUUUUCCCUUUCACAUAAAUAUUAAGUUUUAUUAUUUUUGUUUAUAUAUAUUAAACAAAUUUUUCAUAUUAUUAACUCGAGAACGGGGUAGCUUAUUGAGUAAGGCACUGACUUCCUAAGCUCUAGGUUCAAAUUCUGCUGAUGGCAGGUAAUUAUUUAUUCUGUUUCGGCAACCCAGAAGUUGGGAGACCCUCCUGGGGCACACCCAGCCUCAAUAAAAUGGGUUAAAAUUAAAAAUUAAGGAAGAAAAUCUGGUGAUUAAGCGUGAUCCCAGUCUGAUCACCUCUCUGCACAACUUACAAAUUACUAUACCUAAGACUCUUUAUGGAUUGUAAUGGUACAGUUUUUCUUUUUUAGUAAUA